CAGUCGAAGCCACUCGCACGCUCAGUCUGCUCUUGUGCAAAAGAGAAACAGCCACGAAUAGUGUGCAGCUGCUGCGGCUGCGCCCGUUUCGCUGCCUUCUCGUUCGGUGCCUUUUGCCAGCCGCGCUGUCCCCAUGGCCCACGUCGACCUUUGGCUUCAUCGCCGAUGUUACACGCCGACAAUAGCAGCGUUGGCCCUUGCGGCACUGUUUUCCCUGUGCUUCGGGACAGCGGCCGUGAAACGAUAUCCGCUUAAACCCUGCUCAACGUCCGCAGCGGCCAAGAUCCAAAACGCCGUAGUUCAAAGCAAAAUGGACCGAGGACAGGCACUGCUUUCCUUCGACGUAAUUGUGACAGGACGCCUAGAUGAUCCUAAACUUCGUGUCACGGCGCGUGGGGAAGACCUGAGUCCUCUCACACCGGAGUACGACAUGUGUAAGCUAGUGAGGCAGGGCCCUGAGGGCCCACCCUCAAAACCAUGCGACUUCGAGACCGGUGUGUACCACGCCGAAAUACAGGUUUCCGGUUACCAAGCGUUCUACUUAACGACAGAGGGUGGCAACAGCGAUCUACGCUUCGAAGUUAUCGUCAAUGGAGCAGUCGUGGGAUGUAACUCGAAUGCUCCGUGACUGUUCAGAGUGGCCAACAAUUUUCUGAUCAAUUAUUCGAGUGAACGAAACGACCAAUCAGCAGGCACCUGUCUGUGAACGACUUAGGAAGCGCACAAUGUUGACUCAGAGCGUCGAUAAAAAAGGUUCGUGUUUACCUGCUCUCGGUGUUAAGAGUGCGGCUCUCCUGAUGUGGUCACAAACUGAAACAGUAGAAUGCAACAUAAAAACGCAUGCCAGAUGGACGCUGGCGUUGCGCACGAAAUGUAGCAAUAAAGUCAGUGUUCGUACCUAAACGUUGUCGGUUGUGACCCUUGUUCCC